AUAUUGGAAUAUUUGCGGCAAUGGCGUCUCCUCCAGAUACAAGCAAGACCAUAAAGCUGGAGCGCUACAACAGCUACCUCCGCAGAGUCAACAGCACCAAGCUUCUCAACGCCUCCUCCAAGCUCCUCUUCCGAGCCACCCUCCUCGUCGCUCUCGUCCUCAUCUUCUUCUUCACCAUCAAUUACCCUCCCCUCUCAGAACAUAUGGGCGGCGGGGCCCACCACGUCCACACCACCCACAAUUUCCUCUCCUCUGCUUUUUACGGCGGAGGAGUGGGCGGGACCGCCUGGGAGAAGCAGGUGCGUCAUUCGUCCACUCCCAAGCGGCCCAACGGUAUGUCUGUUCUGGUAACAGGUGCUGCCGGGUUUGUCGGGACCCACUGCUCCCUCGCCCUGAAGAAGCGGGGAGACGGAGUUCUGGGCCUCGACAACUUCAACUCCUACUACGACCCGUCGUUGAAGCGGGCCCGGCAGGCCCUGCUGAAGAGGCACGAGGUUUUCGUCGUGGAGGGGGACCUAAACGACGAGCCGCUGCUGACGAAGCUCUUUGAUGUCGUCCCUUUCACUCACAUCCUACACUUGGCCGCGCAAGCGGGCGUACGGUACGCUAUGCAGAACCCGCAGUCUUACGUGAGCUCCAACAUUGCCGGAUUCGUAAACCUUCUGGAAGUUGCGAAGAGAGCAAAUCCUCAGCCGUCGAUUGUCUGGGCGUCGUCCAGCUCGGUUUACGGACUCAACACAGAAAAUCCAUUUUCGGAGCUCCACAGAACAGACCAACCGGCCAGCCUGUACGCCGCGACAAAAAAAGCCGGUGAGGAAAUUGCCCACACUUACAACCAUAUUUACGGCCUCGCCCUAACCGGGUUGCGGUUCUUCACCGUAUACGGUCCAUGGGGCCGACCCGACAUGGCCUACUUCUUUUUCACCAAGGACAUACUGCAAGGCAAGCCAAUCGACGUGUACAAAACAGUGGACGACAAGGAAGUGGCACGUGAUUUCACUUACAUAGACGACGUCGUAAAGGGGUGCCUAGGGGCACUGGACACAGCGGAAAAAAGCACGGGCAGCGGGGGCAAAAAGAAAGGGCCUGCCCAGCUGAGAAUUUACAAUUUGGGCAACACGUCUCCAGUGCCCGUGGGGAAAUUGGUUUCAAUUUUGGAGGGCCUUUUGGGUACAAAAGCUAAGAAGCACGUGAUCAAGAUGCCUAGACCCACCACGGAUUUGGCCUCCGGGUUGAGAAAGUUCGUCAAGUGGUACGUGAGUUAUUACGGGAUUGAGACGAGGGUAAAAAGGGAAAUGGAUAUUAACAAGAAAAUCAGUCAGCAGACCGAAGAAUCCGGUUGAUUAAAUCAUCACCGUCAAUCAUCAUCAUCACUGAUCACAAGGCCUUUCUUUCUCUCUUCCUCUUCUUAAAUUUUUUGUUGAAUUAAAUUCUGUUUUUUUUUUUUUUGGUUCUUGUAAGUUAUUGUUGUGUGGUCCUUGAUGUACUGGAUCCAAGCUGUUCUUGAUGUAUCAUAUAGAUAUAUAAAAAAGAAAAUGUCAUAUAGAAGAAGAAGAUAAAUGUUAGGAAAGAGAAACAGAGGGAAAUGGGGAAGCAGAGAGAAGGUGGUGUAGAUCUGGAAACCAUGGGGGGAGGAAGGGGAGGUUGUAAUAAUUUAUGGUGGGGUCUACUAGAAAGGAUGUAGAUCUCAGCCGUUGGAUUGGUAUAAAGAAAUUUGUGAUUGUAACAACAAACAAUGACAUCAAGAAUCUUCUUUGCCUUUGCUUCCUU